AUGGCGGACGGGGAGCUGAACGUGGACAGUCUCAUUACCCGACUGCUGGAGGUACGAGGAUGUCGUCCAGGAAAAAUUGUACAGAUGACUGAAGCAGAAGUUCGGGGCUUAUGUAUCAAGUCUCGGGAGAUCUUUCUCAGCCAGCCUAUUCUUUUGGAAUUGGAAGCACCACUGAAAAUUUGUGGCGAUAUUCAUGGACAGUAUACAGAUUUACUGCGAUUAUUUGAAUAUGGGGGUUUCCCCCCAGAAGCCAACUAUCUUUUCUUAGGAGAUUAUGUGGACAGAGGAAAGCAGUCUUUGGAAACAAUCUGCUUGCUGUUGGCUUAUAAAAUCAAAUAUCCAGAAAACUUCUUUCUCUUAAGAGGAAACCAUGAGUGUGCUAGCAUCAAUCGCAUUUAUGGAUUCUAUGAUGAAUGCAAACGAAGAUUUAAUAUUAAGUUGUGGAAGACCUUCACUGAUUGUUUCAACUGUCUGCCUAUAGCUGCCAUUGUGGAUGAGAAGAUCUUCUGUUGUCAUGGAGGACUGUCCCCAGACCUGCAAUCUAUGGAACAGAUACGGAGAAUUAUGAGACCCACUGAUGUCCCUGAUACAGGUUUGCUCUGUGAUUUGCUGUGGUCUGACCCAGAUAAGGAUGUGCAAGGAUGGGGAGAAAAUGAUCGCGGUGUUUCCUUCACUUUUGGAGCUGAUGUAGUCAGUAAAUUUCUGAAUCGUCAUGAUUUAGACUUGAUUUGUCGAGCUCAUCAGGUUGUGGAAGAUGGAUAUGAAUUCUUUGCUAAGCGACAAUUGGUAACCCUGUUUUCAGCCCCAAAUUACUGUGGCGAGUUUGAUAAUGCUGGUGGAAUGAUGAGUGUGGAUGAAACUUUGAUGUGUUCGUUUCAGAUACUGAAACCAUCUGAAAAGAAAGCUAAGUACCAAUAUGGUGGACUGAAUUCAGGACGUCCUGUCACUCCACCUCGAACAGCUAAUCCACCGAAGAAAAGGUGA